GGUGUGUGUACCAGGACACGACACGGUUGGUCCUGGACCCGGUGGUGUCCACGCGGUCCUGCCGGCUUUCGAGGUAUCGUCGCGUCGACAGGACUGACCAGCCGUGAAUCGUGCAUGGCCCCGCGGACCAGGAAACAACGCUGCUGGUAGUAGUCGUCUACAGAGAGGAACGAACACGUCCGAAAAGUAGUCACGGAUCGUACAUCGUCGACCACGCGGCACACGUGAGCGGAACGAAGACGAACCGCUACCGAGCGCGACCGAACGCCAACGAGUCGCCACGAUCGUCUCUCUCGGGGUAUCCUGGCUCACCGCUGAUUGGCCGAAACCUCGAGGAAGUGGUCACCGUCGACGAGGGCUCGGACCACAUCGCCACGUGAGUUCAGCGCCGUAUCGCGAACCAGGAUAUCGCGCGCGCCUUUUCACCCGAUCCUGCAGCUGCAUUUUGCCGAGCACCCACCAACGUCAGCUUUCCGAGCUCAGACAACAGGAUCGCUUCGAACGAUCUUCGAGUCGACUUUGCCGCGGUGUUCACGAAUCGACAUCGCCGACGACGAUUACCUACGCAAUUGUUUCUCCUUGUAACAUCGCGAAUUAGCGGUCUUCGCUGACCGCAAUCGGGAGUAUCGUAUGUCUAUGAAAAUUAAACGACGAUGUUGUCCCGAUUGAUCGGACGGUGUUUAAACGAAACUCGUAGAAAUCGAGUGACAAGUGAAUAGAACGAGACACUGGAUCGUUUCGAAUGCACUGGCUGUAGAACAGGCGUACGACGAGAUCCUUAAAAACCGGAACGUCAACCAUAAUACCAGGUCUGCUCGGCCCUGAACCGGAAUCGAUCUACGUCAUCGUAGUCAUCACGUGGUGAUCCUGACCUAGGCCAAUGUCUUUACCCCAUAUGACGUUGCGCCUUUCUGUCGGUGUCAUCUAGACACGCAGAUCCUACUUCCCUUCUAAAUAUAAAAGCAUGCUCGACUCGUGGGCGAAAGUCUUCGAGCAUGGAAACGACGAAUAAUCCGUGGAGCCGCGUUGACGAACGGCAAGGAUCGUCGAACCAGUAUCGAAUUCGAUCUUUCUCGCGAAGUUGAAUCUUGCGCGUCGAAUUUAACGUCGUAAUUCGUGACGUACUGUCUUCUAUCGACACAAAGGAGAAAGUUGGUGUCUUCGAGUGUUAUAAAUAGAAGUGAACAGUGAAUAAAACCUGCCGGUCAAGGAAAAUUUCUUUUCUCUCGAAUCUCUGGCCGUUGGUCGCCGAAGAUUUCUGCGGCGAAACUAUUAUUCCCAAAUUUUAACGUGAUCCACGGAGUUCGAUGACUUUGUGUACAAAAAGUGUAUACCAUUGUUUCGCUCGUUCCUUUUCUGUUGUCAUUUUUACAUUUUCUCAAAACAUAAAUAUGGUAAAUGUUAUGUAACGAACACGCAGUGAAACUUGUAGAUUAAUUCCGUGGUUGUUUACGGUUUAACGGUAACGAUAUUAUAAGAAAAAGUUGUUUAUCGGUCGACGAGAACUACGUAAUUCACCGAGAGUCGAUGAUAGAGAUCCUUUUCUUUCUACUUUAGAUGCCUCGCGCGUCUAGUGUGUUUAAUGACAGUUGUAUCUGGUAACGGUACGUGUUUAUAUUAGUCGUGUCGAGGAAGAGAUCAACGAACUAAAUGGUGCGUCGUGAACGAGUCGAAGGGUAAACUCGAAAGGAAUUACAUCGCACAAGGUACACCUCGGAUAGGUUAAUCGAGAGAUUGUCAACGAUGAUUUACUCCGGUUGAGGACGGGUGAUUAGGUGAUUCAGCUUGGGCAAUCAGCAAAAAAGUUACAAUCUCGUGCAUAUUCCAGAAGACUAAUCACAAACCUAUCGACCCACCUUCGCUCAGCAGGAAAUUGUUCUUCCUGAUAAUAACAAAAUUUCUACCUUCCACUUGGAAACGAAGAUCUUCCUGUUUGGUCUGGAUAUAAGGGAGCGGAAGGAGCGUAGAUGAGUUCUACUGUCUGCGUCCUCGGUGGAAGCGUUAGUGGGAUAUUAAGGCUGCUUUCGAUUCUUAAAUGGAAGGCUUACAGGGCGAGUUGAACGAUCUACAACACAAGAAGGAACCUCUACUUCUAUGCUGGCGAACUUAUCUGUUUCAGGUCAUGCAAGCGAAAACGGCCCACUUCAAUACCAAAUUUAAAGUUUCUACUUUCCGUUAAACCAGCAACGCUACUGACCAAAGGUACGACCUGGGGUUGUGUCGGGGUAGCUAGCAAAGAAUUAUCUGUCGGCGGUGGAGACCAGAUUUGGACGGAUAGAGAGAGAACGAAGGGGGUGGGGAGUGCGACAUACGGUAGGAGAAGAAGAGGAAGAGGAAGUCGAGAGAGUGUAGGCGCAGGCGCCGUAGGUGAUGUGAGGCUGGCGCCCGCCUCACGUUUGGGGUGAUGCCCUCCAGUGAGCCUCAUCCCCCCCAGUACCACCUUCAGAACCACAACAUUCCUCCCUCGCAUCUGCAACAACACACGUCGACCGCGAUCGGGCAACAUCAGCUCUACCAGCAGCUGGUGGCGGCCCAUCAACAGCAGCAACAGCACCAGCAUCAGCAGCAUCAGCAGAGACAGCAGCAACACGGCGCGCCCUUCCAAAAUUCCACGUACACGCAGCAAAAGCAGGAGAUGAGCCCGGAGGAGGAGGGGGGUCGAGGGGGCGGGUCCCCCCCGGCAGCAGGGGCUGCGUUACAUCAGCCCCAUCACCCCCGGACAGCCAGUCCACCCUCGGGCACAGAACCCUGCACCCGCGAUGCCAUACCGACGCCUACACCGAUCGCGGAUACAACGACAACCACCACCACAACCACUAUGACCAUGCAGUCGCAGAACCAACAACAGCAACAGCAGGAACAACAAGGUCCAAGUCCUAGUCCGAGUCCAACGGGAGGUGAUGUGGAGAAGUUCGACGGGAAGAUCGUCUACAAUCCGGACGGUUCAGCAUACAUCAUCGAGGGAGAAAGUGAACUUAGCGAGGAUGACUCGUUACCUGACGGUUGCAUCGUAGAUGGACGCGGUGUUUCGGUUCCUCAUUCGUUGGUAUUUCCCCAAAUCGCGAGCGCGUACUACGUUUCGAGACUGUACGCGCAUCAGGCGUAUCAGCAGCAACAGCAGCAGCAACAACAACGUUCGGUGGCGCAGCAGCACAAUCCCGAUCUUCCUGUGAUGCACAGCUAUCGGGUGAUAAGUUACAGAAGCGCGGAGGGUAGCAAACAACCACCUCCUCCACCUGCGGCAGCACCUUCUCCAGCAACCUCAGUACCGGUAAAACCUAUUCUAAUGUGUUUCAUAUGCAAGCUCAGUUUCGGCUACGCGAAGAGUUUCGUGGCACACGCUCAGGGCGAACACCAACUUACCUUGAUGGAAGACGAGCGACAGGUACUCUCCCAUUCCACCGCGUCGGCGAUCAUUCAAGCCGUGGGCAGAGGCAAGCAACCGUUGGUCAGUUUUCUCGAACCAGUGACGAGUUCCACUUGUCCGCAACCAUCGCCCGCGCAGAUGCAGAACCAACAACAGCAGCAGCGUACCGAGUCCACCGAUCACGAAACACCAACCACGACCAGUACGCCUGCCAGCACUCCCGGAGUACCGAGCAGUCCCCAGCAACAACAACAACAGCAACCACAGAGGCCGUCACCUAGCACACCCACCACUCCCACUUCUCAUUCGAAUCAUCCUCUCGCCUACAAUCAUCAACAAACGCAGCAGCAUCAGUGGACCGGCGCCCAGGUGAGCGCCGCUUCCUGGGCCAAAGCACCUGACGCUUCCGCCAUACACUACACGUCACCACCGCCACCUGCCUCGUCGACGAAAGGCUCGCCAUCAUCGUACGCCGCGUUGACCCAGCAACCACCGAAUUUUCUCACAGGCACGACCAUCGGUGUCUGCCCCGAGCACAUGCAAGGAAGACCGAGCGGAGUGGAGUGCCCCAAAUGCGAACUGAUUCUAGCCAGCAGCAGAUUGGCGGGCCCAGGCGGACCCCUGGCUGGAAUUCACAGUAGAAACUCUUGCAAAACGCUCAAGUGUCCGAAAUGCAAUUGGCACUACAAGUACCAAGAAACUUUGGAAAUCCACAUGAAGGAGAAACAUCCCGAAAGUGAAACCUCCUGCAUCUACUGCAUCGCCGGACAGCCACACCCUAGGUUAGCACGUGGCGAGACUUACACUUGCGGUUACAAGCCCUACAGAUGCGAAGUGUGCAACUAUUCUACCACGACCAAGGGCAAUCUGAGUAUUCACAUGCAGAGCGACAAACAUUUGAAUAACAUGCAGGAGCUGCAGCAGGGCGGCGGCGGUGGCUCGGCAGCGAACAAUCCAUCGUCCUCGCAGGAUGCACAAAUGGCAACGAGAAGUCCUCAUCACCAACAGAACCACAGUCCGCACAUCGCUGGUCAGACCGGGAACCAAGGGAAACCGAAGCCAACAUUUCGCUGUGACGUCUGUAACUACGAAACGAAUGUCGCCCGGAACCUAAGGAUACACAUGACUAGCGAGAAGCAUACGCACAAUAUGCUGGUCCUGCAGCAGAACGUGAAGCACAUGCAGACGCUGUCCGCGCUCCAGUCCCACCACCAACAGGCACAACAUCACCAUCAACAAGCGCAACAGCAACAUCAACAACAAAUCGAACAGCUACUUCAUUUGGGUGGCCUGGAUAAGCCUCAGCAUGCGGAGGCGGCUCUCGCGGACAUGGCUUACAAUCAGGCUUUGCUGAUCCAGAUGAUGACGGGUGGUCAAUUGCCACCGCAGCUUCCACCAGAAAUUAUGGGUGGCAUGGCUAGUAUGGGAGCCAUGGGCAACCUCGGUGGUGACGUUGGUUUGUCACCAGACAGCAUGGAUCCACCACCCGAACCGGCUGAUCCUGAUCCUUCUCAUCUGUAUCAUUGCUGCGUGUGCAACAAUUUCGCCACCGAUUCCUUGGAAGCUCUUGGCCACCAUUUAGCUGUGGACAGAACGAGGACACGAGAAGGAGAAAUUCUCGCGCUCGUAGCUGGCCACUUCGUUUGUAAACUUUGUUCAUACAAAACCAACCUGAAAGCUAACUUCCAAUUGCACUGCAAGACAGACAAGCAUCUCCAACGUUUGCAGCAUGUAAACCAUGUGAAAGAGGGCGGGCUUCGAAACGAAUGGAAGUUGAAGUACCUGGCCUCGCCCACGAGCGCCGCGCAAUUACGUUGUCACGCGUGCGACUAUUACACGAACAGCGCUCACAAAUUGGCCCUGCAUGCCGCGUCACCCAGGCACGAGGCUGCAGCCCUACUUCUUCGUCACCUGCUCGAGGCCAGUGCCAACGUACCAUCCCAAGCGAAGUUGUACCAUUGCGCUUUGUGUGGCUUCAGCGCGAGACACAGAUUGCCUCUGUUGCAACAUGUUCGAUCACUCAGACACCUUCAAAUGGAGCAGUUACAUCAACUUCACAGACGAAGUGGCAUUCAAGGGAACGAGACACCGCACACUGAUAUCGGUGAUGUUUUCCAAGUUAUGAGCGACCCGGAUGCUCCACCUGCGCAACAGCCCAGUCCCACCAUGCCAACCACACCGAACGCUACCAGUGCCAACAAUGAACGACGAGAGGAAGGUAGCGACUGUGGCAGCGAGGUGAAGCAGGAGCCGGAUAACGACCAGGAGACGGAAAAUGACCCAGAGAAUGAGCAGGAGGAAGUCACCUGCCCGUAUUGCACUUAUCAGCCGACGUCGCGCGAAGAAUUGAGGCAACAUUUGCAAGUGGCUCAUGUCCAAGAUGCCGAGGACAAAGCGGAGACCGUAAAGGAAGAGCCGCCGCCGGAAUUGUUGUGCCCGCUGUGCCAGGAUGGUUUUAAAGAGCGUUCCGCGCUCGAGAAACACGUGAUGCAAAUACACUCGGUUAACGCAGACGGCUUACAACGACUGCUGUUACUGGUGGACCAGAGCCAUUGGUUGAACAACAAUCCGCGAAACACCUCGACUGCAGCGGUAACGAUGCCAACUUCGCCGGCUACCCCCACGAAACAGCCGCAAGAGGAGGAUUUGAGCGAACGUGGAGCCAACGAGGAGAUCGAGGAGCUCACCAGAUGCACCGUCUGCGGACGCGUGUGCCGCUCGUUGGAGGAACUACAGCAACAUCACAGGGAGACUCAUCCAGCAACUACACCCACUCUCGCCGUCAGCGAGAAACACGUUUACAAGUAUCGAUGCGGACAGUGUAGUCUCGCGUUCAAGACUCUGGAAAAGCUACAACAGCACUCGCAGUAUCACGCUAUCCGAGAUGCGACAAAAUGCGCCCUCUGUGGACGAUCGUUUCGCUCGGUCCAGGCUCUCCAAAGACAUCUGGAAUCUGCUCACGCGGAUCUACACGAAGACGAACUCGCACAGUACAAGCAGAGCCUGCUGCACGCUCAUCCGUUGCUUCAAGCUCUCACGGAGGAAGCUCUUCGCAGGCAGGGGAAUUUGGUUGGAGAACAGAACAUCGAGGAUGAUGCCAGCAAGGCGGAGGAGGAAGAGAGUGACGCGAGCGACUCGUCGCCAUUACACAAGGAGCAACGUCUUUUAGAAGAUUAUUUGAAUAGUCAAACAGUGGCCGAGGACUCGUAUCACGAUCCGGGGAGAAAGUUCAAGUGUCAUCGCUGUAAAGUCGCGUUUACCAGGCAGAGUUACUUGACUGGACACAACAAGACGCUAUUGCACCGCAAAGGGGAAAAGAUGUCCUAUCCCAUGGAGAAGUAUCUGGAUCCUAACAGGCCAUACAAGUGCGAAGUUUGCAAGGAGAGUUUUACUCAGAAGAAUAUUCUGUUAGUUCAUUACAACAGCGUGAGCCAUCUACACAAGUUGAAGAGAGCAAUGCAAGAGCAAGGCAACAACAACACAUUAAUCUCUGUGGUACCGCCUGCUAGUCCUACGGAAUCCCCUGAUUCUCAGCAAGACCAGGACAAGAAACCCUACAAGUGCAACAUUUGCAAGGUAGCUUAUUCUCAAGGCAGUACUUUGGACAUUCACAUGAGGAGCGUGCUGCACCAGACUAGAGCCAGUAAAUUGCCAGAUCUUGCUGCCAGUGGUCAGUUGGAUCUUGCACGUCCAUUGAUCGAACAGCCUCCGCCAAGCAGCCCAAAUAGUCCACCGGUUAACACCAGCACCUCUGGAAACAGCGGAACAAUGUUGUCAUGUCCUCGAUGCAGUGCUCUUUUUGUCAAUCAGGAGCAGCUUGCCACUCACCAACAACUUUAUUGCAUAUUUAGCAAUCCAUUGGCGUUGUUUCAACAAAUAGCGUCUCAACAGCUCCCUUUAUCCACACCAGCGAAAACUCCACCUCCUUCAUCUACGACACCUGGUCCACAACAACACAUGCAGCAGAGUACGCAUUCUUCGCAAACAACGCAAGAUAUUUUGUCUCAGCCUCGUCAUAAAACGUCGCAAAUGUACAAGCAUCUUCUAGAAAGUUUCGGUUUCGAUCUGGUGAUGCAAUUCAAUGAGAACCACCAAAGACGUCAACGUAAAGAAGAAGAAGCUGCUGCGGCGCUCCAAGCUCAGCAAGAACAACAGAAGCAGGAGCAACAGAAACAGGCGCUAGCUGCUCAAGCUGCUCGUGAAAGAGAGGAAGAAGCUGAAGACCAUACGGAUGAUGACAUUAUUCCAGAACUGACCAGAAGCACCUGCCAGCAUUGCAACAAGGAAUUUAGUAGCGUUUGGGUGUUGAAAGCUCAUUGCGAAGAAGUACACCGUGAUCUGGUGCCGCGCGAAUUCUUAGAGAAAUAUGCUCAGCAAUUUAAAUGUGAAUACGAGAAGAAGAGCGUUGUAGUGACUGUUGCAACGUCUUCUUCUACGUCGUCCGGACCUAGGAGCUCGACACCAGCUUCUAACCAGCCGCAAGAUCUCUCCUCGGAUAAAGAACAACGUGAAAAAGAGAAAGAGGAGGUUAAUGAGAACAAAGAUCGUGUCAGUAAGACUCCAGAGGCUACUUCUACUACUCCAGCAACGACUCCAGCAUUAAGCAACACGCCAGUAUCGAGUACAGAUUCUACGACUCCAACUGUAUUGCCGACCAAUCCUCAGCACCAUAUUCAACAACAACAACAACAGCAGCAGCAGCAGCAGCAGCAACAGCAGCAGCAACAACAACAACAGCAUGCACAAUUGACUCUUGCGCAACAGAUGACCGAAAUGCAAGCUGCUCUAAACGCAAUGGCUGCGUCUCAACUGCAGCAGCAUUUCCAACAGUAUCCUGGAUUGGUGAUGGGUAUGAUGGGUCUACCGCUUGGAAUACCUGCUUUGGCUGCUAUGAAUUUACAACCACCUUUGGUACCGAUGAUGCUACCACCACCGCCGUAUGAUGGAACGGCUACCGGAUAUCCGCCUAUCAAUGCUCAAGCUGACCUCUUGACCAAGCAACAUCUCGCCCUGCAACAACAGCAAGUAGCAGCCGCAAACGCGGCUGCCUCGCAGAAACGAGCGCGAACGCGCAUAACCGACGAACAGCUAAAGAUAUUACGAGCGCAUUUCGACAUCAACAAUUCUCCCGGCGAGGAGCAGAUUCUAGAUAUGGCGGCUCAAAGCGGGUUACCGCCGAAGGUGAUCAAACACUGGUUCAGGAACACGUUAUUCAAAGAGCGGCAACGUAACAAGGACAGCCCGUACAACUUCAACAAUCCACCUAGCACUACUCUGAAUCUCGAAGAAUAUGAAAAAACCGGAGAGGCAAAAGUGACACCGCUGAACUCUAGCGUAUCUGGAAGCAGUUCCUCGGAUGACAAAAGUCCAAACAAGCAAGCAACACCACCACCGUCAACGACGACCGUGAAUACAUCUCAGGCCAGUGAAAUAAAACAAGAGAUUCAAGAACAGCCGCAGUGUCACGUGCAGCAACAAUCGCAGCAUCAAGAAGAACAGCAGCAUCAUUCUCCUGGUAGCUCCGGUGGACAGCAGUCGAGACCGCAUUCACCGGCGCUCAGCAUGAGCUCCGUGUUCUCUGGGAUUCAUCACGAUGUGCCAUCGCACGCUUCAUCGGCAAGUAACGCUCCAAGCACUCCUAUGCUCCCGCCAAAGUUGACACCACAAAACUUUGCCAGCCCCAAUCCCGGAGCUGGUAGCGUCGUUCCAGGCGCCAUUGCGGCCAUGGCUCUAACGCCCCAGAGAUCCCUGAGCCCCGGGCGUGGACCAACUGACUACUCCUUCGGUGGAAACACCAACGGCAACAACUCGUCGGGUGGCAGCUCCGGGAAACGAGCUAACAGGACUAGAUUCACCGACUACCAGAUCAAAGUACUUCAGGAAUUCUUCGAAAACAACGCGUACCCAAAGGACGACGAUCUGGAGUACCUGAGCAAGCUACUUGGACUGAGCCCGCGCGUGAUCGUGGUAUGGUUCCAGAACGCUAGACAGAAAGCACGAAAAGUGUACGAGAAUCAGCCAGCCGCUGAGCCAGUGACAACGGGCAGCCGCGAGGGCGACGACGGUUCAGGCCGCUUCCAGCGGACCCCAGGCUUGAAUUACCAAUGCAAGAAGUGUUUGCUGGUGUUUCAGAGAUACUACGAGCUCAUACGUCAUCAGAAGACGCACUGCUUCAAGGAGGAGGACGCGAAGAGGAGCGCCCAAGCGCAGGCGGCCGCGGCCCAAGUUGCCGCGGUUCUCAGUUCCGAAGAUAGCAACAGCAGUUCCACCACCACCACUGCUAACGCCGUCUCCAGCAACCCAACGAACACUCCCGCUCUCGCGGAACAGUUGCAGCAACCAUUGAACACCACUACGCCUCCCCACCAUCAGCAGCAGACAACAAUGGGCCAGACGCAUCAACAACCUCAACAACAAUCGCAGCAGCAGCAGCAGCAGCAACAGCAACAACCAUUGCAGCAACAACAGUCGCAGUCGCAAACCGAGUCGAAGGAAGGUAGCUUUCAGUGCGACAAGUGUAAUUUGAUGUUCGGGCGAUUCGAACUGUGGCGCGAACAUCAGCUGGUACAUAUCAUGAACCCAUCCCUUUUCCCACCGGCUUAUCCACCAGAUUCACCUUUCGGGAUUCUACAGCAACAAGCACUGAACGCCACCACCGGAGUAGCUGCCGAUAGUCCUCAUCCUUUGAUCGCUAUGAUGCAGGAGAGAAAGCGAAAGUACGAUGAUUUCGACGAAGGAACAGGAGGUGACAGCCGCUCGAACUCCGAGCACAACGAGCAGCCGAAAGACAAGCGAUUGAGAACGACGAUACUGCCCGAACAGUUGGAUUACUUGUACCAAAAGUACCAAGUCGAGUCGAAUCCAUCGAGAAAGAUGUUAGAAACCAUCGCUCGGGAGGUCGGUCUGAAAAAACGUGUUGUUCAAGUGUGGUUCCAAAAUACACGUGCUAGGGAACGGAAAGGCCAAUUCCGCGCGCACAGCCAAGUGAUCAACAAACGUUGUCCAUUCUGUCCAGCGUUGUUCAAAGUGAAAUCGGCGUUAGAAUCCCAUCUCAGCAGCAAACACGCCGAUCAAGUGGCGCGUGGCGAAGUUAAUAUCGAUAAUAUCCCCGACGAAGAACUCUCGAUGGAGUCGGCUCCUUCGAACCCGAGCACGCCGAAUAUGAUGCCUCCUCUGUUCCCACCUUUCAACACCGACAUGGAGGCAUCUUUGAAGAAGUAUUACGAGGAGUCGAUGAAACGAUAUAUCAGUGAGCUACAGGCUCACGCCAGCAACGGUAAACAAGAAACCGCGAACCAUCAGGCAGGCGGUAACAGCGGUGAAUCUCCUUUGGAUCUGAGCAAACCGGUAGACCUGAGUCGCCCGAUGAAACUGAGUCUCGGUGGACUGAGUAAUCUUCUCGAAGAGCAACACGGCGCACAUUUUCGCGGUGGUAGCGAUUGCGGUCCAUUGACCGACCUUUCCGAAAGAAGUAUCUGCGACGACGACAGCAUGAGCGAGACAACGGAAUUCCUAGACGACGAGAGUGGACCGGCGAGUCCAGCCUCGAGCACACAGAGCUCCAGACAGGGACCCGCUUCGGCGGGGACCGGAAGUACCGCGGGCCCGCCGGUUACCGGCACCGGCAGCGGAACAGGCCAGUCCAGCGGCAAGAGAUAUCGCACUCAGAUGUCCGCUACCCAGGUGAAAGUGAUGAAGUCGCUGUUCUCGGACUACAAGACGCCUACGAUGGCCGAAUGCGAGAUGCUCGGGCGCGAGAUCGGACUGCCGAAGCGCGUGGUUCAGGUGUGGUUCCAGAACGCCCGCGCGAAGGAGAAGAAAGCUAGACUGGCGGCAGGUUUGCCAGCCGAAGGAUCGGCCGUCCAACCUCAUCGCGGUCCGACCGGGCCCGACGAAUGUAGGCUUUGCUCUGUUCGAUACUCGGCCAAGUCGCCGCUCCAGGAGCACGUAUUCUCACGACGACACAUCGAAUCGGUGCGUGUCGCCGUCGAGGAAGGUAGCCUCGUGCCGCCAACACCCGGCGCACCGAUCGUUCCUGGUGGCAACAGUGGCGCAGCAGGAAUCGGUAGCUCGCCGGUGGUCGGGCCUGGUAACCAGCAAGGCGGCCAGCAGCAGCAAUCGGACGAAAACAUGAUGUACGGAUCCUUGUUCCUCCAUCCUACGGCGAUGUUCCAGCCUCAGCAACAACAACAUCCGGGCAGCGCAGCGGCUAGUACGGCUACCACCACGGCCGGUGAGUGUCUGGCUGACCUCUUAGACUCGUAAACGAUCGUUUGGCCCGCGACGAGUUCGAAAUUUUGAAACAGAGGAUAUUUGUCUUUCCUUUCAUUCUUAUUUCUUAUUCUUUGUAGUCGAUAUUUCGAUACGUCGAUGCUCGAACUGCCCAUUUUGCGUCUGCAACGCAAGAAUAAUUUUCAUCUCUUCGAUGAGAUUUCUCUUUUCUACUCUUUUCUCUGGCUAUCUUUUAUUGUUAUCGUGAUAGUGAAUUUCGAACCCUCGCGAGUCACCGUCGUUGUAUGUUGUGCACGUGCCCCUUUACCGCGUUUAUACGUACGCAUACUAUAUAAUUUGGCCCGUGUGAUACUAUAUAAUGUGGGCCCGUCGACUACGGAUUUUCUAAGAAAUUAAAGAAAAGGAAUAAAAAACAAAGCGAAAUCUCGAAGAAUCUUUAUAUGUAUAGUGCGAAUAAUAAUAUAUCCAGAGCUAGGCAAUACUGAAAGUUCCUAUCAGAUGACUAUUUCUAGCGUAAGGGAGAACGCGACUAAAAAGGAAAAAGAGCAAAGUGCGAACGUUGAAGAGUAAACGAAAAUACAAAAUGUAUGUGUGAGUGAGUGUGCGAGUGAGUUGAUUUUCGAAGAAUGGGAUUUUUAGAAACGGAUAUAAAUUUUAAAGAAAGCGUAUCGAGUAUGCCGUUAUGCGUGAGAAUAUCAAGCAUUAAACAUUUUUAAUCUAAUUAGUCUAAUAUCGAUUUAAUAUCGCUACCAGUAAAAUAUGCAGAAUAAUCUUAACCAAGUGAGAGUAUCAUGAAAGUGGCUGAAAAUGGUAACCAAGAAAUCUUGAUUAUAAGUUGCUGUACAGUUAUAGACUAUAUUGCAAAUUAUUACGAAUUUUAUUAUUAUAUUUUAUAAUGGAUCCUUAGUAACUGUCCAUUUCGAUUAUUAGUCGAAGCGUUUGAUUCAUUAUAGUAUAGCCAGAAAGAACGGAGAAUACAUUGCCUUUAAUUCCUACAUAG